AUGGCUCCUUCAGCUCUGACAACCAUUGACACGUCUCCCGAAGAAGUCUUGCCCGCUCUCACACCGUCUGUGGUGGGCAAACCUGUCAAAGGCCUACCCCAGGCUAAAGCCGGCUCUCUGGACCAGUUCAAGAGCUUUGAAGUCACUCCCAACAUUGGCCGGGAGUAUGAAGACGUCAAUCUUGCUGAGUGGCUCCGAGCCCCCAACUCUGACCAAUUGAUCCGAGACCUGGCUAUUACUGUCUCUCAACGUGGAGUGGUUUUCUUCCGCGCUCAGAAUGAAAUGACCGUCGAGCUGCAGAAGGACCUCGCUCAGAAGCUCGGCGUCGCAUCUGGAAAACCACCAACCUCAAAACUCCACAUCUUCCCCUUCGUGCACAAGGAGAAGCAAUUGGACGAUAAGGAGAUUACAGUCAUUACGCACGAAGACAAGCCUGUUGACAAGGACAAAGCGCGAGCACGGCUGCAGGACCCUAACGUUACGCCAAUCUACCAUAUGUGGCACUCAGACACGACCUUUGAGCACGUCCCAGCGGAUUAUGCGGUGCUGCGCAUGGUUGAGAUUCCAUCUACAGGCGGUGAUACUGUCUGGGCGUCUGGUUAUGAAGUCUUCGACAGGCUUUCGAAGCCGAUGCAGUCGUUUCUGUCGUCGCUCACAUUUACCGGUGGACAGCCCAAGUACCACGAAAACGCCGCCAAGAAUGGCAUUCCGUAUUAUACAGAUCCCCGUGGCGCCCCUGAGAAUGUAGGAAAGCAUAUACGCGCUAUCCAUCCAGUGGUCCGGACGAAUCCUGUUACCGGAUGGAACAGUGUGUACUGUCUGGGUCACCACGUUGAGAAGAUUAAUGGUGUGACUCCGGUAGAGUCUCGCAAGCUGCUCGAAUGGAUUCAUGAGAUGGUUGUGCUUAACCACGACAUUCACGUUCGCCAUCGCUGGACUCAUCCCAACGACAUGGCCAUCUGGGAUAACAGGUCGAUGGUUCACACAGCUACGCCGGACUAUCUUGGCAAGGGACUGGGCGAUAGGCGUGGGUUUAGAGCCAUGAGUAUUGGUGAGCGUCCAUACUUUGACCCUGAGGCUUCUGGACGCGCCGAAGCACUGGAGAGAGACUAGUUCAGAUAUGGGAAAGAACAAGUCCAAUGUGUAUGCGAUAGACUUCUCAGAUUCAAUUGUCAAAUGGUCAGAAACGUGCUUUCCCACGUCUAUCCU